AGGGCACCGGGCAGCGCCCGGCGGCGGCGGGACCAUGGGCGCGAAGCAGAGCAGCCCCACCGCCGCCAAUGGCCGCACCCGGGCGUACUCGGGCGGGGAUCUGCCUUCCUCGAGCAGCAGCAGUAGCGGCGGCGCUAACGGGACCGGCGGGCGCUCGGCAGGCGGCGGCGGGCGCUACGCGCACCUGGCGGCGGCGCCUCACGCCGCUCCGAGCGGCGCGGCGGCCGCGGCGGCCGGAGGAGCGGCGGCGGCGGGGAGUGCCGCGGGGUCGGCGCCCCGGAGCAGGUCCUUAGGGGGGGCCACGGCCUCCGGAGCCCGGGCGGCGCAGUCCGCCUUCAACAUCCCCCACAGCAGCGGCCCCUACGGCUCGCAGGACUCGGUCAGCAGCACCCCGGAGGAGGGCGGCCGGGAGCGGCUCGCCGGGGGCGGCGGCGGCGGCUCCUCCGGCGGGCCCCGGCUAGUGAUCGGCUCGCUGCCCGCACACCUCUCGCCGCACCUGUUCGGAGGAUUCAAGUGCCCUGUAUGUUCAAAAUUUGUAUCUUCUGAUGAAAUGGAUUUACAUCUUGUGAUGUGUUUGACAAAACCAAGGAUAACCUACAAUGAGGAUGUGCUGAGUAAAGACGCUGGGGAGUGUGCAAUAUGCCUGGAAGAGCUGCAGCAAGGAGAUACUAUAGCACGGCUGCCUUGCCUCUGCAUAUAUCAUAAAGGCUGCAUAGAUGAAUGGUUUGAAGUAAACAGAUCUUGCCCUGAGCAUCCAUCAGAUUAAGACAAGAUUCAUAUUUUUAGCUGCUUCCACUGAUCAGAAAACAUAGGAGAUGUAAGGUUCCCUUGCUGAACACAGCGUGCCUGGCUUGAGACUUAGUUCUUUGUGGCUGAAAAAGGCAAAGAUGGACAGUGACAUGGAGAAAACAUUGCAGACACCGUUACUUGACAGUAGUGCUCAGUAAACCAAACACUCAUGCAAAGGACACACAGGGAUUUUGAAAAUGCUGCACAUCCUGUAACAAUCGACUCCCCAGAGACAUUACUGACACUGUUUUGUAUCGAAGGCCAAAGUUCCAAAUUUCAGCCUAACUUCUGGUUCUGUGAAGAAGCAAGUUAUUGGACAUGUUUCCUACUGCCUCCAGUGGAAGUGGAGACAUUCAAUACGUGCUAUCUGAGACCCUUGCAGGGGGACGGCCCCAGAUUGGAGUGGGAACGUUUUCACCUUCUCAUUGGCUGAAGAACAGUAAAUGGCAAACUAAAUAAAAUCUAACAGUGUGACCUUAAUUCACUGAAUUCACACCCUGUUUUACGUUCUUCACUUUUUUCAAGAACAGAAAACAUAACCCGCUCUGUGUAGGAAUACUGUAUUUCAAAGUUUUGUAACUAAACCUUUGUCACAAUGCAGUCCAAAGAAUAAAACCAAGACAGGUAACUAAUUUAUAUUGAUCAAGCUAUAGAGAUUGUCGAAAUCUGCACAUUGUAUUGCUAUUUAAGUAACUAAAACAUCUCUUUUACUGCUCAUGCGUCAAAAGGACAGAAAGAAAUGCAGCAAAGCAAAAUCUUACAGCUAUGCAACUUUUUUUUAAAAUAGGAAAAAGAAAAGAAUUACCAAUUUUAAGUGCUGCCAGUUAAGGUAAUUUGUUUAACGGGUAUUUUUUUAAAGAUGUUUCAGGUAAUUAUUUUAUUGUACUACUCUCAUCUCCAGGCUGCCUGCUGAGGUGUAAAUGAAUAACUGCAAGUGUGGGCACAGGGAGAGGUUUUUAUAGACAUGGGCAAGAUAACAUUGAGGUGGGAUUUGUGUUUAUUUUUCGAACAUGUGCAAGUUCAUGUUUCCUUGUUUGAAUGUUUUUUUUUUUUGGUCGCAGGAUCUGUAGUACAUUGCAUCUAAACCCUUGGUGUCUUUGUGUGGAGACCAGCAUUUGACAGUGUGGGUUUUUGUUUAGUUCGGGUUUUUUCUUUCUUUCUUUUUAAAUUCAUCUACAUUUGUUUAAUUUAGUGUUAUUUUACUGUAUUAUAUUGGUAUACCAGAGCUCCACAAAACACAGGAUGUCUCUGGGUGGGUACACUGAGUAAAACUGUGGCUAUGUAUUAGUUCCCACAAAGUAUCACAGUUAAAGUAAAUAUUUUUUUUAAAAAAAAGGCAAUGAACUGGAAGAGAUAUCAGGGUUUAGAAGCAUAAUUUUUAUAUUGAUAAUUAAUUGCAGUAGUUUCUGAAUUUCACAACACAGGGAAGAGUUUAUGAAUAUUUAUUAGCAACAGUAUUCUUAGUGAGUUUCAAUAGUUAAAAUAAGUUGCACAACACUUCAGACUUUUUCCUUGUACAUAAAUACUUCUGGUUGGAUUUUUUUUUUUUGUUUGUUUUGUUUAAGUACACAUUUCUCUAUGUUGCUGCUGUGAUUUAUAUCAAAAAGGGCAAAGAAUAGGAGGAACUGCUGCUCUCUGGAGAAGAAGUGCAGUUCAUGCUCCUAAACUCUCCAAAUUUGCUUGAAGAGCAGUUCUUCCCUGGAUAACAUUUUCUCAUGAAUGUUGCUCUGUAAAAUGCCUUUGUUAUGCUGCAAAUCUAAAGGAGUCCAAACUAGAUAAUUGUUGUAAUUGCCAGUGCAGUUUCUAUACUUUUGGGCUUGCAUCACUGGUUUCAGCUGAACCUGUAAGCUAUGGGGCCCUGUUGAGUUCUCUUUUUCAGUGGGAGCAGAAUCAUUUUGUCAAACAUUCAAUUCUGUAGUCACAUCAAAUGUACAGUCAUUCCCUGUACAGAGUCCUUUUUCAAUGAGAAUAUUUGUAUUGCCUUGUAUUAUCUUGGGGGAGGGAGGGAGGGGAUGAGGAAUUACAGCAGCUGUGAUACUCAAAUAAUGGUGUUGCCUGCAGGCCCAUUUUCCCAAUGUUUUAAACUCCUGAUAUCUUCUGAAAGUAAAACUUUUCCAUUUGCAUUGAUUUAAUGUUUACUGUUGGCUUAAUGCCUGCAGAAACUCACCUGUAGUCAUGUAAAGUGGGUAGGUCAUUGUUUUGAUGUCCUGUGCUCUGAGGUCAUAGAUAGUCUUUGGCUUGAGGGUUAAGUAUGUGAAUACAAGAAACAUAAAUCUGUGUACAACUUGAGCUCAGAUUUGGUAGUUCAUAUUUCUAGUUCACAUACAGUUUCCUCAAAACCCUUCAUUUUCUGUAUUCCAAUGGAAGUAGCUGAUUUAAAGACCCAGCAGUUAGGACUAUUGUCCCAUGUUUAGGAGCAGUGUUGGAAAAGCAGGUCACUAGCCAUUGCACUGGUGAUGCUUUUGCAGGCAAGAGUCCAUCACUGCUUCCAUCAGCACAGUAGAGCAGCAAUUCCUUGGAUUAUUUGAGGAACUGAUACAAGGUCACCUUUAGUUUGAUGUUCUUGGUAUCCAUAAAUUUCUUCUGAAAGACUGUAGGAGGUUUUCUUGUAUUGAAACCUGUAACAUGGACCAAGCCCAGAAUGACCCUGAAAGCAUGAGAGUGAUGCUUGGGCUUGAAAAUACCAGUGGAAACUCACCUAGGUAAGCUUUCUGUCACCAUCAGCUGGCAAUGACCAUGCUGUAGGCACAGCUCUAGUCACAGACAACACCUUCAUUUUGAAAAUGUCUUCACAAGGGUGUUGACUCAUUGUGCUUCAGAAGGGAAAAAUAAACACCAAACAAGUCCUGUGUCUCAAACAACGAACACCACACUUGUCCACAAGGAGCAAUAACUUCAAUUUUGGUGCGAUAUGCUUCUUUGCCUGUAAAUAUCUCGAGAUUGCCAAUUCUGUGCUGUGUCAGAGUAUUUUCUGUCAUCUGGCCUAUAUCUUCCCUAAGUAUGUAAGGGUGUGAAAUAAUUCCCAUACUCAGGUCUGCCAUAAACAUGCUGUUUGCCAGCAGGGGAAGAGUAGAUUUGACACUGUCUUGAAAUGUGUGAUUUUUCUGAAUUUGUAACAUGUCUCUUCAGUAGCAACUCGUGUUUUAAAGUUCAUAGUGGAGGUGGCUGUGAGUUGGAUUGUAUAUAACAUACCCCAUACAAUAACAAGGUAGUCAAGACUGCUGUCAGCAAAGGGCACCCUUUGUCCUGGCUCUAACAAGUCAGUAUAUCUAUAAUAAUGCUUCCCUUUGGAAGGAGGUAGCUCAUUUUCUUUGUGUGUACAUUCAGCAAUGAAUUGAGUGGGAUGUAAAAGCAAAAAUACAAAGCACACCACAAAUUAUUGGUAUUUUAUUUUUGGGAGAGAUAAAGCCAAAAACAAAACUAUCUGUAGUCAGGUUAGCUGUCAUAAUCAAGGGUAAGUGUACUGAGGUGUUUUGGAAUGGAAAACAUGUAGGCAAUGUACGAAAAUGUGGGUGGAUACUUGUGACCUUGGUUUUUCCUUGCUCCCCCCCUUAUGAUGUAAAGGGGAUUUAUGACUGAAUCUCAAGAUUUAUACAUUUAUUCCACUUCUUAAUUUUAGGAGCACUGGGUUUUUAAUUAAGCCCUGCUGAAAGGCUGGAGAGCUGGUAAAACAGUCAGACUCCCAGGAAACUGAAAUCUCAGCAAAUAUGGGAAAGAUAGUUUUUAUUCAGAAACGUGGAUUUGGUGUUUCUGGAGGGAUAUGUCUAAUAUGUGAGAUGUACUUAAGAACACUUUUAGUGUGCUGCCUUUUCUGUGUGAGGGCUUUAGAAACUUGCUCCAUUUCUUCCGUGUUCCACCAAAAGCCAGGAACUUGGAACUUGAAUUUUACUAUUCUCUCUUUGUAAAUGGUGGCAAAACACAUUGGUUUUGAGACAGGCAGUGAUCUCUCUGAGUUUCUUGUGGCUUUUAGUCACUUUCCUGUAUUCAAAAAGAGUAUGCAAAUUUGGUACUAAUUCUGCUGUGCAGUUGAGAUUUUCCUGCUGAGAGACUACCACACACCUGGGAGUGCAGGAGUGCUACUAUGGGAUCUUCCAGCUCGCCUUUGCUAGUGGAGGAUUAUCUCUUUUUUUGAUGAGCGCUAUAUUUGAUGAUUCACUUUCCACCCUUCCAAGCUUAAAAGUCAUUUUAGUAUCAAUUUCUUCUCUGCCUACCUGAAGACAAGAUAUAUGUUAGGCUAUAUUCCCAUAUGAAUAGGCUUUCCAUUGGCAUCAGCAAAAGUGAUGUAAGAGGUUGUAAGAGAAGUCUUCUUAUGGGUUUCCUACAAUCCAUACAAAUGUGGUUCUUUUCAUGCAGCUCCUACCAUCUAACUUUUUGCCAUUCAAAACACGCUGCGUGAGAAAGUCACAACAGAACUAUGCCCAGGAUUUGUUUCCUGAAUGAAAAAUCUGAUGUUUCUGUAUCUCCACAUAAGUAAUCUGCUUCUAAAAUCAAGUUGGAGACGGUUUAGCCUCUUGGGGAUUAAAAAAAACAAACCCAGUCCAUACUCUCAAAUUACAUUUGGUUAUCUUACUCCACAGUUAUAGGCUGGCUUUCCAAGCUGCUUGUGUUCUGUAAAGUCACGUCUCAAUUAGUACAUCAGAGCUGAUGAUGGAAUAAGCUAUAAAAUGAACUCACUGUGGGACAUUAUUAGUUGUUGAAGACUUGCUCAGGUAAACCACCAUAGGAAUAUCCUGCACCUAAAAAAGGCUGGACUUGGUUCUAUCUUGGAUCUAAUAAGUUGCCAGUGUACAAGAAGUAGAAGGCAGCCAGCCCACUCACUGAUCUUUAUGGCAGCUUUUAAUCUAUGCGUGUUUGUUUGAGAGACUUUUGCCCUUGGGUGUGCUUUGGCAAAGAUUUUGCAACGAGAAAUAAGAUUUGCUCGAUUUUGGCAGAGUUUCAAGUGUAAGUAACCCGACGUUGCAAGAACAUAAUCUGUUGCUGAAUCCUGUUCCUCUCGUUUUCCCUCAAAUCUGUCCCUUUUAAUGCUGAUAUAUGUCAUAGUAAACACUUCUCAACACGACUGGUCACAAGCUCUCAAAGUGUGAAAUUCUAAGAGGAAGAGACAUCAAAGCUUGAUUCUAUACUCCUGUAUAUAUUGAGAUGAAGCUGGAAUAUUUGUUACCAUACAGUGAAGACUUCUCCCCUAGCUGAUAUUGCCAAAGCACAAUAACUUUGAAAGAAGAAGGGUGGUGGCUUAGCUGUAGAGGGGAUGCUUUAGUGAACUACGCAAAAACUACUUGUAACAAAUUUUAAAAGCUGCAGUGUGGCACUGAAUGAGUGAUCCAGUGUUAACCUUUAUCCCUUGAUUACAAAAUCUCAUUCUGGCUCUUCCCACCCUUUGGGUGAUACCUGCUGGUAGGGAGCAGAGUGUGUACUCCUUUUUUUUUUUUUAUAUGCCUCUUCCUACAGAACUAACCUUGCCCACAGUGAGUUUAGAAGGAAGUCCAUGCUAGCUUCUGAAAUGCCACCUGUACAUGCAGUGGUAAUGGACGAGACACCUUCCUUCAUUACCCGGAGCAGAAAUCGGAAUGUAAUUUGCAAUAUCUAAUGUAAAUGUAAAAUAUAUUUGUUUGUUUUGUUGUUUUGGUUUUUUUUGUUUUUUUUUUUUUUGAUUGCAAGUUGACUUAAGUUGUUCUAAGGUACUCUUUUCAGUGGUUUGCCAGUACAUAAUCAUGAAUGAAAAUAUUUUUUUAUUGAUUUUUAGGUUGUAUGUUUAACAUUCCAUUCAUGUAAAAUAUGUACAAAUAUAUGUAAUAAAUCUUUUGAAGCACA